AAUGCAUUUUUCUAUAUUUUGCUGGUUUCUCAGAGAAUAAUUCAUGGAUCUUGAUGUUUAGGGGACGAGGAAGUAUGAGUGCAUCUGAUUUGGAAGAGAUAAAUGUGGUUUCAUAAGGGGACGUAUUGAGUGCUGUUUUAGUUGGUAAUCGAGUCAUUAUCUACCAUAAGCUAUAUGUAGUCACAUCUGUAAGUUUACCAACAGGAUAACUCCAUGUUAGUUUAUGUUAACAUAAUCCUGGCUCUUCCUAAACCCUCUACCAGUAACCAGCCUGUGUCAGUUCAGGACAGCUUUUCUCCUCCUCUUUCUUUCUUAAAGGACACAUGAGGACAGGACACACAGAUUGUAAUCCCUAUACAUUGGGGCGCAGAGUGUUUCUAAUAUAAAAACCACAGUGAAAACUGUCAUCCAGAUGUUCAUCUGUUCUCCAGUUAAUGAGCCAACGCUGUCUGCACCUCUGUCUUUCAACCAUCAGCUCUUCUUCUCAAAGCGUUGACAUCUCGUCUUGAAAAAUCGACCAUCUCCUUAUGGAUCUGUUUUUUUCAGAAAGACAUCUCAAACAUGCGGACGGAUAAAUGUUUAGAGGUGAAUCAUGGGUGAGGGAGUCAUGAGUCAGACGUGCAGGGUGAUGUUAUUGUCUUAUGCUCGGUACCACCAGGGAAGACGAUGCGGUGGUCUGCACAUGUGACUUCAGUUCUCCUCAGGUGGCGUGAAAACAACUGGUCUCUCAAAGCAGAACCGUCGUAUGUGGUUCUUGCAUUGAGUGCUCGAGUUUAAGAAGUAAACUUAAACAUUACACCGAGAAAAGGCUGUUGAAACAACGGACCUCCCACACUAUACGAUAUGAAGAUCCCGCAGCUCAGUGUUGAUGCCAACAUGGGCCGCUGGGUCUUGUACACACUCUCAGCAGACUGCAGUGACACACUCUGAUUUCCCCGAAGAGCCCAGUGAGGGUUUACACCCACCAUGUUUAAAGUGAGAUUACAAUGAGCGUCUCUAGAAAAUUAUGGAAAAUAAUGGUGUUUAAAUUGAGGCCUUACUCAGAUGUCCCUCAACAUACGUAUACACACCAUAAUGAUGUAAUAUUUACUCUGCAAUUUCCCGAGUAUGUUUUCCUCAACUGGAUAUUUGCACUACAUAAACACAUCCUGAUUGCUCUCACUAAUUAUCUUCCCUACCUGUUUUCACGAGGUUUAGUAUUCACUCAAAAACCCAACAGAACUCGUCUGUUGUUAAACAGGUGUCGAUGCAGGCGAGUUUGUUUGAGUUCAACCCAUCCGUCAUUAAAAAAGAAAUCCUUAUUUAAUUUUUCUGUUUUUGGUUUUCUAGGACAGUGUAUUUGCUUUAUGAGUGUGUUUGUGAGGCUUUUUUUAUGUCUGCGUGUGUGUGCGUUUUUGUAGAGACGGUCAUCUGGCUUUAAAAAAGUACCACAGUUCAUGGUGCUUUUCCAUCCUCAGAGCUGUAUAAUCAUGGAGAAAACACUGUUGUGUGUGUCUGGAGAUCCUCAGCUGAGGUGCUGUGGAAACCUCCUAAUAUGGGUCAUCAUCAACUGAUCUAUGAACAGUUCUGUUAAACCAUGGGGCCCCACAGAGAGCUACGGUACUUGGGCGGCUGUGGCUAAGGAGGUAAAGAUACCAGUUCAAUCCCCGGCUCCUCCAGUCCACAUUCAAAAGUGUCCUUGGACAAUUUGAUGCAUGCAGCUUGAAUUUAAGGGACCUGUUGGGCCUUGGCAGAGGGAUGUGCUCUACUUUCUCAUUAGUCUCCUGGAGCACGCCACACUGCAUUUCACCACACAAAUACAUUGUGAAGCACGUGUGACAAAUUAACUGUUGAAUGGAUCCUUGAGUUCCUUUCGGGUAACAGAGCAACAAGUGGCCGAAAAGUCAGACAGUUACAUUAAGGGUUUGCUUUUAAUUGUUUUUUUUUUUGCUUUAAUUGUCUACUCAAGGAAUCUUGAUGAAAGAAAGAAUUCCAUCUAUACCCAGUAAAUCAGUCAUGGAAAGACUGAUGGAUUAUGAGAUACAUUUUCAUUGACCUGAAAUGCAUCUGAUAUCUCCAGUUCUCCAUGUGCUACAUGCCAAACUAAGAGAGGGUGUGAAUUUUCAGGUGCAGGAGAAAAUAAUAAAUGUCAGUUCCCGUGUGUGUGUGUGUGUGUGUGUGUGUGUAAGUGCGUGUGUGUGUAAGUGCGUGUGUGGUUUCGCAGCUAAUGUAAACGGACCAGAAUUGGCACAAUCAGGCCAAUGUUUGUGUGUGUGUGUCAGUGGGAGUGUAUCAGAGAGAAAAUCAUAUAAAAGACAUCAGGGGCUGUCUUGUGUUAAAUACCCAUCCUUCAGUUUGUGUCUCGGUGUGUCAGCUGGUUCCUCUGCUCUCUGUGCUGCAAAGUUUUAGUUUUUUAUCUCCGCUCUCCUCCAUCAUGCUGUUUCGAGCUCUGCUCCAGACGUCGCUGGUUCUCUGGUUGGCUCAGCAAACUCUGCAAGGCGGGGUUAAACCUCAGAGUGUAUCCUGGGACAGAGUGCUGCCAGCCAGAGGUGUCGGCGUUGGAGUUAGACCAGGAGUUGCAGGAGCCCUUGGAGCUCUGGGGAAUCGUUAUGGCAACAAAGCGAUGAAGGCUGGAAUUGGACGUUAUCCUGGGGCUCAGCUCAGUCUUGGGGGUUACAGAUCUCUUGGAGUAGGAGGAAGAGCAGGCCUGAGGCAAGGUGGAUAUGGAGCCCAGGGAGCCUAUGGUGCCAACCUGGGCACAGGAACGGGAAUGGGGACUGGACUUACUAACGGACUGGGACUGGGCUUGGGCCAGGGAGGGAAACGAGUUUAUGGUGCUGGCCACGGAACUCUGCCAGGAUAUGGGGCUAUGGCUGGCAUGGGCUAUCCUGGAGCCCGACCAGGAAUUGGACUUGGGUAUCCCACUGGACAGAGGACUGAGGAACAAAUACCCGGUGUGUCUGCAGCAGAUUUGGGUGGACCAGAGCUGGCCAGUCUGGGCCAAGCUAUGCAAGAUCUGAUGAGAGAAAAGGGCAGAGUACUUGCUCUCUUGAAGGGGAAAGGAGACAAAGGUCUUGUUCCUGAAACACCAGUCGGAGGUGGCAGUAUUCUUGGUCCUACUGCACCCGAGUUACUGGCAGGAGGAGUCCACAGCCUCGAACCGUUAGUAAAGUCAUCAAAUCUUGGAUCUACAAACCCUUUUGAUAAACCGAGUAAAAAUCUUGGUCUUGCUGCUUCACAAGCACAAGGAAGAGACAGUCAUGAGCCUACAGUCUUGAAAAGAAAGAUCACCACAGGCCAUGGAGUCACACUGGCAGCUGGAGGAGUAAGACAGCAGCUGCCUCUGAAUCAAGACAACACCAGAAACCCGAUCUCCGCCUCCUCUCAGGCACAGAGUGCUGGAGACUACGAUUUAUUGAUUCAACAAAAUCAGCGAGCCCCAAACUGUGGAUCCACUCGUGAUUUGUCAGAGGUAUCAGAAAUCAAUCACCGUGAGAUUUUGGGAUCAGAAAGGACUCAAGGUUUUUUGCCUCAGCUUCACUUUGGUAAAGGCAACAAACAUCUUGGACAUGCAGCUCCACAAGCACAAAGAGAGAAAGCCUAUCCACUGCCUCAAGAUCUCCCAGGUUAUAUCGGCGGAGCGGGAAACUACCUGGGAGCAAACCUGGGCCCUGGAGGCUACGGAGCAGGUUUGGGGCAGGGAGCAUACCUGGGUGGUGCGGCUGGCAAACAUGCAGCUGCCGCUGCACUCGGACAGGGUGGGUAUCCUCAAGGUGUUCCAGGCUAUGGUGACGGAGCAACCGGGCUGCUGGGUGCUGCUGGAAAUGGCUACGGUGGAGACGCUGCAAAAGCUUUGGCUGCAGCAGGUUACGGUAAUGGUUACAGCGACGGUUACGGAGCUGGGCUCGGUUACCCAGCACACUUAGCUGAUGGGGCUGAGAACAAAGCAGGGAAGAAUAAAGCCCUCAGCACAGGAGGCUACGCCGGGCAGCCCCAAGGAGCAUAUGGAGCAGGAGCUGCUCAGGUUCCUUAUGGGAACGCUCCAGUGAUUCCUGCUGGACUGGAAGGUGAAGGGGGGUAUCCGUACGGCGCUCAGUCGCUCAGCCUCAGCGCUGAAGGUGCUAAAACCGCAAACAAAUAUGGAGCUGCUGCAGGAUACGGAGCUCAGCAAACAGGUUAUGGUGCACAGCUGGGAGCGGCUCAAGGUGCUUUGGGAGAGCAGGCUGGCAAAUAUGGUGGAGUUAACGGUGCCCUUGGAAAUGGAUACAAAGGCUAAUUCAAAUGACCUGAACCUCUUCAAGUGGAUAAUUUCCCUGAUGUGUUCACUGUAAUCUGUUCUAAAAGCCUUUUGUGUGUGUGUUUCGGUCCAUUUUGUCCUGUCCUGUUGUCAGUUUUGUCCUUGUUUUAUUCUCCUCGUCUUUUCUCUGUAAGGGGACAUUUGUUACCCGUGUCUGUCUCCCUGGUCCAGAACCUUCAGUGCCCUACCUGUCUCAUUCUGUCAAUGAUGAAAAAAAUGGUGGUGAACAUAAACAAGAAAUUUGUGGCAAUGUUUUGAGAUAAUUGUUAAGAUGAAUGUUUUAAUCCAAUAAAUUAUAUGUCCAGUGAUGCUGAUUUGAAGCUUCUGAGUCAAAACAUUU